UUUGGGGCGAGCGGACGGUGUAGCUAGUCUCCGCUUCGCUGUGGUUGAGAACUCUGCUGCGGAGGCGACAAAGCAGGUGCCUUACGCUUUGUGGUCGUCCAGUCUGUCGUAUGGACACGACCUGGUGUUCCUCCGACGCCCACGCCAACUGUUGAUCCGAAUCGUAGAGUAAGAAGGACUGAAAAGAGGAAAGCUCUCGGCCGAAGGAGAGGCAGCUGCGACGGACGGAGUGCAGUGGAAUCAACAAGUGUGUGUGCGCGUGUGUUCAUGCCGUAACCUUGUGGGCGUACAUAAACUUGUAGCGUCGCGUCUGUUGUGCGGGAUUCCCAGCUACUCGGAAGAGUUAAUGGAUAUCCAUUCAUAGAGCGGAAUGCUCCCACUGCCAUGACACAUCGGGCCCGCCUGACAUCGAAGAGGAAUUGAAGCAGAAGCAAACAUGAAGCCUCUAUGGCUCCUCCUCCCUUGCCUCCUGGUGGUUUCUUCCAUGGUGGCGGAAGUCAGUGGCUUCAGCCAGUGUGGCAAGUGCGUGCAAGGACAGAAUCAGCUCAUUUGCCCGAACCUCAUAAGCCCGGAGCGCUUCGAGGUCACCAUCGAGGACCACAACGGGACGAGCGAGAGCGUGUUCCAUUUGAAGUGCCAGCACAGAGCCAAAUGGGUGGACUUCUCUCUGAUCGAUGACUGCAGUUUCCCGGACGUGAAGUACGUGAUCUUCGAGCGGUGCCCGAGGCCCAACGUGACAUUCGCCGAGGUGUUCCGGGGCAGCGGGAUCAAGCCCGAGGGCGUUCUCAGCUUCACCUUCUCGGCUGUGUUCACUGGGCAACCCAGCGAGGAUCUGGAGGAGUGGCACUUUCAGGGGCUGAGCAACCUGACCGGAUUGAAGCUUCGAGGUAACAACUUUCAGUCUCUGCCGCCGAAUGUCCUGCAAUACACGCCCAAACUGACUUACUUUCAGCUCUCAUACAACAAUAUUCCCACUAUCUCAGAAACGCUUUUCCAGAAUACGACCCAACUCAAAACUAUCCACCUUAUGAAGAACGGAUUCACGCACUUGCCAGAAGGACUGUUCAAAAAUUUGAAUAAGCUCACCAACAUCAGUCUGUGGGAUAACAAUAUUGAACGAAUUGGUCCCAAACUGUUCCAAAAUCUGCCAUCCUUAUGGUCCCUGGAAUUAAGCUAUAACAAUAUAUCGACCUUGGAUCCUGAUGUAUUUGCAAGUAUUCCAAAUGCAGGCAAGAUAUUGUUGCUCAGUAACAGGAUCGAGAACCUACCGGAACAUUUGUUCAGGAAUUGCACCAACUUAGAAUACGUUAAUAUGAAUGAUAACAGAAUAACGUCCCUGCCUUCAGAACUGUUUAGAGAAACGAAGAAAAUCUACAGCAUAGAGCUCAACAACAACAUGAUAUCCAGUCUCCCUGAAGAUCUGUUUAAAGGGUUAAGCAAAUUAGGAAAGUUAAAGAUGAAAAGAAAUGCACUGAAGACCCUCCCCUCAGGCCUUCUGUCAGACUUAUCCAAGUUGGAGGUUCUGGAUCUGCAGUCAAAUGUCAUCGAGGAACUUCCAUCGGGAUUCUUGGACAGUCAGCAAAUUAUGGACAUACUAAUCUUGAAGAAUAACAGCCUUGCAGAAUUACCGGAGGGAAUUUUCAAGAACUGUGCGGGGCUCCAUCAGCUUUACAUGAGCCACAACAAAUUUAGUAGCCUGCAAAGCUCCUGGUUUCCAGCUCCAGUUACAACUCUUAGGGAACUGGACUUGGAAAGCAAUAAUAUCUCCUUCUCCUUCAUUGCGAGUGGACAAGGAAUUUCAGUAGAAGAGAACUUCCCUCUCUUGAGUCAAGUCAACUUAGAGAAGAUUAAACUUGGAUAUAACAGAAUCACAGCUAUUCCCCAAGCAUUCAGUAGUAACUUUGUGAACCUCACAGAACUGAGCUUGACUCAUAAUGAUAUUGAAUUUGUGGAUGCCAGUGAUCUUAUCUUUAAAUCUGAUGAAGUAGCUCUUCACCUUGAAAACAAUAAAAUCAGAACCAUUGAUUUACAACAAAUACAAAAUAUUGUAUCCUAUAAGGUAAUUGAUCUUUUCAUGGCAGGCAACCAACUCCUAUGUGACUGCAAUCUAUACUGGUUUUUAGCAAUAUUGCAAGGAAAACAUUUAGAUGGAGAAGUACCUCAACUUAAAGUUAUCAGGCCUGAAGAACUAAACUGCGUAUACGCUGGUGAUGAAACUACAGUCAAACCACUACUGAGAGUCAGCUCAGAAAUGCUUACUUGUAGACUACAGGAUUGUUCUGAGAGGUGCAAGUGCUAUACAAGGCCACAUGACAAUAUGUACAUUGUCGAUUGUGCAUAUCAGAAGCUCCAUGAUAUACCAAGAAUCAUCAGUCAGGAAGAACAGAAUUUACACAACUAUUCCCUCACCUUAAACCUAAGGAACAACAGUAUUUCUAACCUAGAUCAGUUACAAAACCCAGAAUACCGCAAUUUGGUGAACUUAACAAUUCCUAAUAACUAUCUCGUCUCCUUGAACGAAUCGAUUCUACCAGACAGCUUGCGGGUCCUUGAUAUUCAUGGGAACAAGUUUACUUAUUUAGAACCAUCAGUGGUAGACUACUUUAAUAAGACUGAUAUAACUCUAAGUCUUGGAGAGAAUCCAUGGGUCUGUGACUGCAAACUUACCGAUCUCCAGAGCUUCCUCAGAAGUCAAGAACUGAAGGUUUUGGACUUCCACAACAUCCGCUGUAUGAAUUUCAACGAGACACUGGGGGACGUGACAGAAGGGGACAUGUGCCCCAUUGUCUUGCCCCCAGAGGUCAUCAUUGCCAGCACAGUGAUCAGCAUGUUCUUGAUUCUCUCUGGGGUCUUAGCUACGGUUAGCUUUUGGAAGUACAAGGAAGAAAUCAAAGUUUGGCUCUUCACUCACCGGCUGUGCCUGUGGGCUGUGGCACACGAGGAGUAUGAUAAUAACAAAAAGUACGAUGCUUUCAUCAGUUACUCCAAUAAGGAUGAAGAAUUUGUGAACACUGUAUUAGUGCCAGGACUGGAGUCUGGGGAUCCAAAGUACAAAGUAUGCUUACACUACCGUGACUGGUUGCCUGGAGCUUAUAUUCAGCAGCAGAUUACUCAGAGUGUGGAAGCAAGUCGCAGGACCAUCGUUGUGCUCUCAUCAAAUUUCAUAGAAAAUGUUUGGGGUCAUCUUGAGUUCAAGACAGCUCACUGCCAAGCUUUGAAAGACAGGCACAAUAGAGUUAUUGUUAUUGUACUUGGAGAGGUCCCUCCAGAAAAUGAACUGGAUGAAGAGCUGAAAUUGUACCUCUCAACCAGAACUUACCUCCAGUUCGGUGACUCCAAGUUCUGGGAGAAGCUGAGGUAUGCAAUGCCGCACCCCUAUGACCUCAUCUACAAAAAGCAAAGGAAACGGAGAGACACAGACAAAUUAGAAUUGGUGAAGUCGGAUUCCAAGGAGAGUAAGUGAAAAGGAAAGAGAACCUGAUGGAAAAGGACAUUGGAGUUGUGUUCAUAAGCAGAGUUUGGAAAUAGCAAACUAGUUUUAGAUUUGAAAAUUAGUCUCCACUUAUAAGUUUAUUUACCCAAAUGUAAUGAUUAUUGUCACCAUUACCUGUGAUACUUUUAGUUGUACUGAUUGCAAAAAAUAAUGGCAAAAAUGUGAGUAGCAAUACUGACUCUCAAUUUUUUUUUUUUAUCUGUCUAUGCCUUUUUCAGAAAUACUGUUACAGGUACUAAUGAAAGUUGGGAGAUAUCAUACAGGUUUUCCUGUUUUUCUAAAUAAACUUAUAAGUUAAAGGCAAUUUUAAAGUCUAAAAAUAUUGAUGGUAAUUUCCUACUCUAUUCAUAUGUAUGUAUUACAAGAAAUGUUUUUCGUUCCUCCGGUUUAAUAGGAAAAUAGUGCUAUAUGAUACUCAUUGAAAAUAAGUUUGAUAUUGUUGAAUAAUGUAUCCUAUUAAGUGAGGAGAGAUCCUAUAAAUGUAAAUGGUAAUCUGUCUUGGAAUAAUGAACGUGUGCAAUACAAUUAACGGUUGGCUGAAACAAAACUUUGUGUUAGCCAGAGAAAGUUGCUAACCUAUGGAUUCAGUGUUGGAACAAAAUACCAGUGAGUAUUUUUUUUUUUUUUUUUUUUUUUUUUUUUUUUUUUUUUUUUUUUUGAGUUGAUUAUGAAAAUAAACAAUUGAAAAAUUGAAUGUCAAGGGUGAAAGGAAAACGGCCACAGUAAGACCAGUGAAUAUGAAUCGUAACAUUUUCAAACUCUUCGAAAGUUCCUCUUCAGACGAAUAAUAUGAACAAAGGGAAGAUGGAUAAUUUUGAUUAUGGUGGUAGGGAAAAAAAAAAGAAAAAGGAAAAAAAAAAAAAAAAAAAAAAACAGUGAAUAAAAUUAUAUUUAUUGAAAAGUGGCAUCUCUCCGUAAUAACUGUUUACUAACUAGACUACUCUGUAUUCUCUGUGAAUCCUCUGUUCAUAAAUAGUCUUGUAAUAACCAUAUUCAUUACUGUAGCUGAUUACAACUUGGCUUGACAGUAAUGCACAAUUUACAUUUUCUCUAGUCAUGUGCCUACAAAAGGUCUAGCUUACUAACCUCUUAUUGUGUUUAACGUCUUUAUUGUUUUUAUUUUUAUUUUGUUUAUUUUAGGAAUACAAUGAAUAUCAAUUUGUGAAAACAAACUGCUCAAACUAAAACUUUCCUUCAGAAUAUUUUGUAUUAUCCUAGAAUUUUUGUAUUAGGCUGUAAUGCUCUUAUGGAUGAUAACAAAUUUGUACAUUUUUUCCAGAUUUUCUCAAAGGUGUGUAGUCAGGUCUGAUUGUUUUAACCCAGUGCCGACGGGAAUGACAUGUACGUGUAUGCUAUGCCCACUGUGAGUUUACCUGUGUGAUUGUUUUUACACAUAGAUGGCUACGCUUGUACUAAGUCACCAAUGAGCCAGUUACGAGUACCGCCUGCCUUGCCUGUUCACCUGUUCAUUAAUUUACAAAAAUAUUUUACGUUAUCUUAUUUUGCUGUUACUAAUAUUUAUAACAUUAUAGCAAUUAUAAUGUUUAUAAUGAAAAUAACACCAUCGAUAUUCAUAGCACUAGUAAAAAAUACAUUUUUCACGCCAAUUCAAAUCAUGCAAGGUCACAAGGUCUACUAAUUGACUCAUUUGUAGCUAAGCAGAGCCAUCUAUGUGCAGAGACAAAAAAUAUAAAAAAUGAGCACAGCAUUUUCCCCAUUUUUUAUUCAUUUUCCCCUGCGGCAUUGGGUUAAAUGAAGGUUUUUAAAAGACCAGAUUUAUUAUUAAAUACGUAGUCUCAAGAGAAUUCAAAAGAAAGAGUCUGAGACACACACACACACACACACACACACACACACACACACACACACACACACACACACACACACACACACACACACACACACACACACACACACACACACACACUUUCUCAAUCAUUCCAAGGGCACACAUAGCCAACAUGCCACAUGCACAAAAUAAUAUGCCAAGAGUUUAUUUAAUGUACAAAAUGUUUGUAUUUCACUUUUUUUUUUAAGGUACAGGAUUAUCCAAUAUUGUACUUGCAGCUCUAUUCUAUAAAGACAUUGCAAAAAUGAAAUAAUUUUUGUGCAAUAACACUUUCAUUGUGUUACUAUGUAAGGUGAGUAUUACUCUCAGCAAGUAACCAAUGAGUACUCAGUACAUUCUAUGAAUUGUUUUACUUUGAAAAUGAUUUUCCUCUGUUUUUUAUGCUAACAAAAAGGGACCGAGAAGGAGUUGUAUUUCAUAAAAUUUAGCUCUUAGUGUUUAUGAAAGAUUUGAGGGUCUUUGUACCAAGCUUAAAAGCUGAGCAUUUCAUUGGGAAAAAGAUUAUGCAUAACCUUGAUGAUGGUUCUACAAUUCACCAGCUCUCCCUGUGUGUUUUAAAUAAUUGGGGUCUUAGUCACUUGCAGUGCUAGAGAGGCUCAAACUUUCAAAGAGCAAAGCAGUAUUUUGAGGGUAGAAUACUGCUCCGUUAGCAACUUGCUUAUUACACAAGAUGUUAAAGAUAGUUCUGUAAAUCUUUCAAGUGACUGUUCACAUAAAACUCAAAAUGACCAUCAGACAUAGGAUGAUAAUUGAUGUUAGAAGAACUAUGUUUUCUUCACCCAAGUGACUUAAAUCUUUUCAGAUACUGAAAGCCUGAUAAAGAAUUCUUACAGAGCUAAUAUUUUCAUUCUGCUGUGUACACAAUGGAAACAGGAAUUAUAUUAAUGUGCUUUGUAAAUUAAUGUCAAUAAAUUUUCAGAAAUACUGUA